ACCAGGGACUGAACAUUGUCACUCUCACUAGAAAGUGGUUCUUAUUUUUUUAAAUAAGAGGAUACGACCGAUAUUCCAGUUAAAUGUUUUCUGUAAACCUUUGAGAGAGAGUAUACGUUUUAAUCCUAUAAGGGAGGGAUUUUUUUUUUAACUAAUUGUAAUAAUUAAGUUUUGUCUAACGGAUUUAGUGAUUCAGAUCUCCACCCCCCCCCAAAGCACCCAACAAAUUCGACAUUAGGUCACAAAUAACAAAGAUAGGGCAAAAUUCAUAUAAUUUAUAUACAGCCUUUGAUUGAAGAAUGUCUUAUUCUUUAAUGGAGAUUGUACCUUUUCGAUUAUUGAGAUAAUAGAGUAUUCUGAAAUCUUUUUGAACUGAAAUCUUCUAAAUUGGUCCCAAUUCCCCAACAUUCCUUUGAUAAUAAGUAAGGAAGGGACUGAGUUUUACACUUAAAUAGACAUAUAUAUUUGAUCUGUAGCUGGCCAGGGAUGCAGAAAUUUUAAAUAUGCUCAGCGUAUGUGCAUUGCAAUACAAAACAUUACAAACUUCAUGAUUAUAAUGAUCCUAUUUUGGAAGGAAAUUGUCCACAUAUAUGCAAAAAAUGUGCUUAUAUAAAACUCCAAAGAGAUUGUUGCAAUCCAAUUUUCGAUCACCUGUCUUCAGUUCCCCUUGUAAUGAUACUGAUGGACAGCAAGAAAUAUUUUGGGAUCCAAAUUCUCCAACAACCUGUCAACUAGAUGAAAGAAGAAAUAAACAGCAUGACAGGAGAUGUAGUGUUGCAAUUUCAGAUAUUGUUAACCGUAUUGCUCCUCAGGGUGAAAAACCAACAACAGACUCCCUUCUGAACAUGUGGAUUGGUGAAGGUGCUAUUCCAUGUACUCCUGGUAUAACAAAAAUAAAAUCAAGAACAAGAACUAGCUAUAUAAAGUUUAAGGCACAAAGUAGUGAAGAAGAACUUAUAAAAUUGGCUAAACAGUUUGAUAAAAACAUGGUGGAGCUAGAUGUAAAGCAGGAACAAGACAGUGAGACUUGUGAUUUUGUCCAGACAAUUACAGAAGCAGAGACUUUAAAUAAUUAUAAAGACGAUGCACAGAUACAGGCACUGCAGUCAGUCUCUGAUGAAGUUCCUGAAGCAAAUAUUGCUGUGACAGUAAAAGGGAACCCCAGUAUCUCUAAGGAAGAACAUUAUAAAAAUAAUACUCAGACUAAUUUUGACCCAAAUGCUGAAGCAGCCCUUACUGCUCUUUUUGAUGGUUCCACUCAGAAAUGUAGUGGGCAGUUAAGCCAGGGUCUGUCAAAUACCUCUUUUAGUACCAGUCAUAAUAUCCAUGACAAAGAUAAUACUUUGAAAGAGGAGAAAGACAAUUCUGCUGAAACUGUGGUCACUGAGAAAGACGUGAGUAAAAUUUCAUGCCAACAAAAUCUGACCCCCUUAGUGGCUAAGUCUGCAUCAGACUCCCUUGUAAUGGCAAAGUCAAGUGUAAUUUCCCCUGUUGCAAAAUCAGAGAUUUGCAGUAAGCCUGGCAAGGUAGAUGCUAGCAUUGAUUUUGAUGAUGAUGAUGACUGGGAACACAUGUUAACUGAUGACUCUUUUGUUAUGCAAAUUUCUCAAGCCCCUGAACUUUUAACUACAUCUGAUAAUUGUCAGUCCGAUGUUCAGAAAGAUGUUUGCAUGCCUGCUGCCAGUAAAAUCGAUAAAGAAAUAAAUAGAGAUUUGACUAUUGGUAAAAGUCUUUCAAAAAAUUUACAAGAUCUUCCUUCAGAGACAAAUAACAAGAAUUUCCCUGAUCCUUCCAAAGCUCUGUUUCCUCCAAAGCCAAAUAAUGAGUCCAUUCAAUUGGUACCUACUGAGAAUGAAAAGAAAAGUGAUAGAAAUUUCAGUAAGACAAGUUUUCCCACCAAAAUUCCUGGUUAUCCUGAGCUUUCGGUUGCAUCUAAUAUCCAAAAGACAAAGGAGAUUAUUUACCCUAAAUUUGGAUCAAAUAUGAACGUUUCUACAAAGGAGUCUACUUUGGUCACAGGGCAUACCAGUCAUCCAUUACAAACUGGGGGAGGUGGCAAAAAUCCACCUAAUUGUUAUCAGGCAUUUAAUAUGCCUGCUAAAACAAAUCCUAAUAACUGUACCAGAAGAUCUGAUGAAACCAGUUUUUGUAACUUAAAUCAGGACGCACCAAAGCAGAGUUCUUUAUUUGAUGACUGGAAUGAUCCUAAGCUUGCUAGUGAAGUUAUUGAAGCAUGUCAUGAAUUAGAGAAGUCUUGGGAUGCAGAUGAUGAUGAUGAUGAUGAUGAUUUGCUUUACCAAGCAUGUGACCACGUAGAAAAGCUGACCCAGCAACAAGACUUGAAAAAAGACAGCCAAGGGUCUGAAGAUAAGCAAAAGAUAAAUUCUAAUUCCUAUUUGGAGAUGGAAACUAAUUCAGUUAUAUCUGGAAAAGGAUACCAGUUGCAAUAUAAACAUCUGAACAUGGACGAUAUUCCUGCACAUAGAGCAUCAUUGAGAGAAGUUAAACAAACAGACAAGUUAACAUGUAAAGAGGGUACAAAUUAUGGAAGUUCUGCAAAUUCUACAGGGACUCAAAAUCUGAGUAAAGAGUACAAGUACCCAAAUUAUCAGAACAAUAAUCAACAUGUUUCUUGGAAUAAUUCUAAUGUUCCAGCGGGACCGAACAGGUCUUCAGUUCUUCCAGGAAAUUUAAGUUCAGGCCGUACAUGUACCGAUAUUCCUUCUUCAAGAAAUUUAUGCCGUCAGACUCUUUCUCAUAGCAUAGUAACAACCCAGACUCCUUGCCAUGUUAAAACAUCAAUUCCAACAUCCUUUGAUUACUCUUUCACAAAGAUUAAAAAUCCUCAGACUCUUCCUCAUUUAAAUCACAGUAGUAUACCAUCAGGAAGCAUAUCUGAUACCAAAAUUUUACAGCAUUCAGAGAAAAGCAAAACUCAGUUUGUCAAUUCCUUAUCUGGGGGGACUGUGCCACAGCAACUUUUGAAGAGACAGUUUUCAGAACCCUGUAAGCAACUUACAAAAGAGGAAGAAGAAAAAAAUAGAAAGUAUUCCCCAGAAGAGAUUCAGAGAAAGAGACAAGAAGCUCUGGUUCGAAGAAUGUCUAAGGCACGUUCAUCAUUUGUGAAUGCAGCACAUACUUAAUUUAAUUUUCUGAAUGAAAAAGUCAGUUUGACAGAGAAGACAUGUUAAAGACUUUACAUCUAUCCUCGAUAGCAAAUAUUGUUUUUCUGGUUUCUCUAUGAGAAAUUUGAUACUGACUUAUAUAGCAUAGACUUCUAUUUUAUUAUUUAUUGUUUACAAUUGUAAACGAACAUUUCCUCCCAAAUAUGUCCAUAUGGUAGUUAACAAAAGUUUUGCAAGGUCUAAAAAGGUUGCAAGAUUGAAUGUGUUCGUGUACAUCUUAAUUAUGUACUGUAAGUUUAUGAGCAGAAUUGUUAACAAUUUUAAAACUGUGAUUGUGGAAAAUCAUCUCUGAGAGGUGAAACUUUUAAGUUUCAUGAAACAGGUUAGCUUUUUUCCUAUUAUAGAACUCGGGUCUAAGCAAUAUGAUAAAGGUCUGGUUUUCUGAUUUUUUUUUUGUUCAGUAUCUGAUUUGCUUAUAAGUUCUUGAAUUUUUAUAUAACUAGUAUUGGGAGUGAUAGAAAUAAAGGAUUUAAUCCCAUUGUAACUAAUUAAUAAAUAUUUUCCAUUUCAAAUUUGAAA